AUGUGUCGUGUUGUGAUGUUCUUUGUUUUUAUGUUUGCUGUAUCGGCCGCCCGUGAUGACGCAGGGAGUAAAUGUCACAGACUACAUCAUAAAAUGGUGCCCUGUUGUACCGGAAUUACCAUGCGGGUAAUCAACGAACGGGAAGAAUUAAAGGAAUGUUAUGAAAAGGUGAAGCCAGGACCUCCGUUUUCAUGUGACCUCGAGAACUGUAUAGCUAAAAAAUUUGGUUAUUAUGGGGAGGAUGGAAAUUUGGAUACAGAAGUCUUAGCAAGGCUCAUAGAGAAUAAAUAUGAAAAUAAUGAACAAGUUAUAACGGCUAUCAAGGAGAAAUGCUUAAAUGGCGAUAUAUCAAAACAUGGACCCCCGAACUUAUGUGUUACUAUGAAAAUGAAGCACUGUUUCAACAACCAAUUUUUAAAGACAUGUCCUGAAUGGAGUAAUGAAGGCGAAUGCAGUGGAUUUCAGGAUUUAGUUGCAGAGUGUGUCGUCGAUGAUUAA